AUGCGCAUCGAGGGCGCUGAGGACGUCGAGAUCUCCCACGUCCAGUACUCAUCCAACUGGGCCGGUGCCGUCUUCUCCGAGGGUGCUGGAACCUUCACCGCCGUGACUGGUACCUUCACUGUCCCCACUCCCUCCGGCUCGGGCUCUGCCUCUGCUUGGGUCGGCAUCGACGGUGACUCGUGCGGAAACGCCAUUCUCCAGACCGGUAUCGACUUCAACAUCAACAACGGCCAGGUCUCCUACGAUGCCUGGUACGAGUGGUACCCCGACUACGCCUACGACUUCUCGGGCAUCAGCGUCAACGCCGGCGACCAGAUCAAGCUGACCGUGACCGCAUACAGCACCACGUCGGGCAUCGCGGUGAUCGAGAACCUGAGCAACGGGCAGCAGGUGCAGCAGCAGCUGACGUCGAGCAGCGCGCUGUGCGAGCAGGACGCGGAGUGGAUCGUCGAGGACUUCGAGUCCGGCGGCUCGCUCGUGCAGCUCGCGGACUGGGGCACCGUCACGUUCACGGACGCAACGGCGACGACGGCGUCGGGCAGCCAGGGGCCCGGCGGCGCGGGCGAGAUUGAUAUUGUGAACAGCAGCAACCAGCCGAUUUCGUCGGUUACGAUUACGGAUUCGAGUGUCACUGUUACCUACACUGGCAACUAA